GCGGGACUUUUAUUUUGGUUUAGUGAUCUGACGUCAUAAGUCGGCGCCGCGCUGCUGCCUCUUGUGAUUCGGCCCAAGAAAGGGCAACUCAGGUUGGAGUAACUGAGAACCACAUGACAUAAAGAUGGCAUUUAUUAAAGAGGAGAGUGAAAACAUGAAGAUUGAAGAAGUGGUAAAUGAAGAUACUGAGAGACAAACAGACCUGAUGCAGCUGAAAGAGGAGAGUCAAGAACCAAAGGAAAUUGAAGUGAAAAUACAGAAUGAGAAAGAAUAUAUUGACCAGGAUAUUGAAAAUGGAAAAAAAUGUUUUGGUUGCUCAAAGACAAAAAAGUCCACCUCACGAAAAAAAGGUCAAAAGGCAAAAAACAGACGCCAUUUUAACUGCCAACAGUGUGAGAAAAGUUUCACUCAUAGAGGAAACCUUAAUGUCCACAUGAGACUUCAUAAAGGAGAGAAGCCUUUCACCUGCCAGCAGUGUGGAAUAAGUUUCACUCAAAGAGGAAACUUUAACGUCCACAUGAAAAUUCACACUGGAGGAGACGCUUUCAUCUGCAAUCAUUGUGGGAAGAGCUUCUCACGAAAAGGAGGUCUUAAGACUCACAUGAGAGUUCACACCGGAGAGAACCCAUUCACAUGUGACCAGUGUGGAAAGAGUAUGAGAUUUAAAGCCACUUAUAAUAAACACAUGAGGAUUCACUCAAGAGGAAACAGUUUUGCAUGUCAUCAGUGUGAAAGGAGUUUCAUAGACGGUGAUCACCUUAAGAAUCAUGUAAUUACUCACAUUGGAGAGAAGCCUUUCAUGUGUCAUCACUGUGGAAAGACUUGUAAAAACAAAGCAAACCUUGACGUUCACAUAAGAAUUCACACGGGAGAGAAGCUUUAUAUCUGCCCUCAGUGUGACAAGAGUUUCACAUUUAAAGGAAACCUAAAGAUUCACAUAAGAGUUCACACAGGAGAGAGGCCUUUCACGUGCCCUCAGUGUGGAAGUAGUUUUAUGUAUAAAAGAGACCUGAAACGUCAUUUGCACACUCAUUCUGACAAGAAACUGGAGUGAUCUGUGCAUGAGGUUUAGUAAAAGGAGCUAUUUCAAAAAUCACUUGUGCAUUCACAAUAUUAGAUAAGCUUCUAUAUUGCUGUAAAACUCCAUGAAGAAUGAAGUGUGUGUGUGUGUAGAGAGUGAGAGAGAGAAAAGGAACUGAAUAAUGAAUAUUGAACAUUGCAUUGAAUUAUUUGAUUAAACUUAAAAGAUUGUUCAUAUAUAAUAUAUUUGUGUAUGUAUAUAUAAAAAAAAUUCAUAUAGACUGUAUACAUAUAAGUAUAAUACAUAAACAUUUUAUAUAAAAGCAAACUUAUGUUAGAUACGAUUAUGCAAAAACACUUAUAAUAACACAUUGUUUUAAACAUUCUGUAAUAAUGCUUUGUAUAUUUUAGGGACAAUUUAUAUAGGUGGGAUUGGAUUAUUUAGUGAUUUUCUAUUACAAUCUUAGGCUUCUGAUUCAUACAUUCAACUGUAAUUUUACAUGAGAUUAUUCAGUCUUAUUACUAGUUAAAAAUAACAAUGUUCUGCGUCAAAGACCUCCUGUGGUAAAAAAACACAUUUUUAAUGUUUAUGUCUAUGUGCUGCUGCUUUAAUACAAACCUUAUUCAGAAUUCAGUCAACAUCACUGCGGAGUAUUUUCUCAUUAAACUG